UUGAGGAGCUUCUAAAUCGCUGCCGUCAGUUGGAGCAGCAACCUAAUGCAUCACAGAUCUCAGGAGUUCCAAGCAAGAGACCAAGAAUUGAUAAGAAUUCUACACUAUUUUCAAGGGAUGCAGACUUUAAUAUUUCAUCAAGAUUUGACCUUUCACGACGGCCUGCAAAAGUGUGUGUGGGAGUGCAGACUGAAGUGUCACAGGAGAAGAAUGUGAAGAGAACAAGGCUAGAUGUGGCUUCCCCAAGAGGCCAGGUUUCCCAGACCAGAAGCAUUGCCACUCUUCUUUCCUGCAGUGCCCCAGCUGCUUCCCAACACACAGGACCAUCUACAUCUACCUCUGCAGCUGUACACUCCUCUGACUCUACUAGCUGGGCCUUACCUUCAGAAUGGCUGGGUAUCAUUUCACAAGGAUUGAGAGAGAAUGACAAGAGUAUUGAAAUGGAAAUUGAUUGGUGUGGCUGUUGAAAGAUUGCAGAAGACUCAUGUGGCUGUCUUGGAUAAUGGUGGUGAUCACAGCAGGCUGAUGCAAAAUUUCAGAUGAUCUUCUAAAAUGGUAUGAGAGUCAAGUUGGCCCUGCCAUUCAAGUUUUGUGUCACUUCAGGUCCUCUUCAGUGCCCAGCACACUUCAAGCCAUCAUUGCUCAUCUGCCACCCAUACAAGUGAAGGAUGUUAUUGUUAACAGAAGAAUACGUUCCAGAUUACUAGAGGUUACAGAGGGGAUUGCCAAGUUUGUGAAACAUCCUGUAGAAAGAAAUAAUACUGAAACUUUGGUGUCAGCAUUGAGGGAGUGCUGUUUGAGCCUUGAGAAUGAGAGUGAAGCUGAGGCUUUUGUAAGAGUUGCUGCAGCACUCUCUCCUCACUGCCAGCUGUGUGUGUCUUCAGAUGUGUGUCUGAUAAGCCAGUUGUGUAAGAAGGUUAAGAAGCUCUGCGUUCCUGAGAUAGACAUCGUCAGAGCUUUGCUGGACUUGACUUGGGCCUUGGUGAAAUUGAGCUCACCUCCAUGGCUGAACUCCAGUUGCUGCUGCUCCUCUCAGCUUCUGGGGAUUUUCCUGUGGCACAUUUACCAGAUGCUGGAAGCAAUUCGUCCCUUAGAUAAAAGUAAUAAAAGUAAGAAGGUGCCGCAGGUGAUGGUAUCCUGUGUGCAGCUGCUGCACUAUUGGUCCACUGUAGACCAGGACUGGUGGGAGAAAGUGGCACCCUUCCCACAAUACCCAACCCUCAUGGCUGCUCUUGCUUCCAAGGCCACCACUAUGAAAUUUAAUAAAGAAACAGUUGAGUUGCUGUGUGAUUUGUAUGAGUUCGAGGAUGGAACUUUUGAAAGAUGACAAUGGACUACUGCACAUCACAGCACAUAAACUAUGUACUACAGGACACUUCACAUUCCACCUUGAAUAUACCUAAGCUGUUGAACUGUUCUUACUUGAUUGUUGUGCCUGGUGGUACAUGACUGACCACAAGGAAUAUUUUUAUAUUUUUAUUUUAUUAAUUUUGAGAGCCAUUCUUAUCUUUUUGCAAGAGAUUAUUUAUGUACAGAAUAAUUUUAAGAAAAUAUCAAUUACUUAUGAAUAUGAAAUAUUGGAAAUUA